AUGGCUGAGACCGAAAAACGAGCAAUAGAGAUCUUUACAANAAGUUCUAGCUCAAUCAUGGACUUCGUGAAAAAACUGAUUUUGCUGCUUGCUGGAACUAUUGGUUGUACUAUUCUCAUUGGUCUGGUUAUGGCAAUUCCUAUUGCAAUGAUAGUUAUAGGUGCUAAAUACAAGAACCAAUGCCCGGUUGAAGACAAGAUACCUAUCUACCUAAUAGUUGCUGGAGCUGUUGGAGCGUUCAGAAACCUCAUUUCAUUGGGUCAAAGAGUCAAACAAAGAGACAAUGAGGACGAAGAGGGACAGAGUAGGAAAAGGCCUUUGGAGUCCUUUCUGGACUGUUUCCUGUUUGUCUGGUUUAUUUGCGGCAAUGUCUGGAUCUAUCAAAAUUACCAUCCUAACUAUACUGACACUGACGAUCCCAAUUACUGUCAUAAGACUCUGUACCUGUUUGCAUUUUGGGUAACAACUUCCAUGUAUAUUGUGGUUGGUGUUCUGUGUUGUUGUGUGUGUUGUGUGGGAAUCUGUGCUGCAGCUUUUGGCAAUGAUUGAAUGGUUUUAUUUGGUUUAAAACUAGACAUUGGCAGGAACCUGACUACUAUAGAAUCUGAAUGUUUUAUUCAUCUUAAACCCAUGUCAUGUGUGCUGUUUUAAAUCAAUGUAUGCAUUGACUAGCCAUCCACUAAAGUGCACGUCAAUUAGAAGCUCAGUUAAUGGAGGUUAAAGUUGGGCAGUUAUCAUUGAUAUAACUACUUUGUAGUGCACCAAGAUAAAUGAUUGACUCUUUUUGCUCAGGAAGCUUGUAUAAUUCACAGCUUGACACCUGUCAUGAGAUGUGCAUUACAGUUACAACUGCUGUUAAAAAAGGUAGUUCUAAAAUAUUGUUCAAUCUAAUUUUGAUAAAUUCCCGACCUCCCAACCCCCACUUCCACUCAGCCUUUCGCUGCCAGCAACCUAGCUCUCUUUGUGGAAGCAUAAAACAGGCUUUCCCUGGGCCGCUUAUGUUUCCGGCUAGGCACGCAUUGCGUGCAGAGGGAUAAGCUUUAGUAGUGUUGCACAUGUUGUUAUCUGCUGAAGCUCAGUUUUUGGAUGCAAUUUAGAAACCUUGUUUUAGCUCUUAAUUUCCCUAUAAUUUGUAAUAAGACUCAGUUUUGUCUACUUAGAGCUCCUACAAUCGUGAGAAGUGUUUUUCUUAACCUGCAAAUAGAACAGAAUAAUUAAAAUAAGAGCCAUGUUGUACGUGUUUCCAAGGGAAGUAGCAUUAAUUUCUUGGGAGUCACAAGACGAGGUUUAAAAUUUACAUGUUUAACCUCUGAUAUUUCUACCCUGCUAAGUGGAGUUCAAUAAUAAUUUAAAUGUUAUGUGAAAGUAAGACAUAGUUAGGUUCAGACUCUUUAAUAGGCUAGCUAGAGAAACAAUUUUCCUUACUCUAGUCCUAAGGUGACAGGGUAAUGUCAAACUUAGUCUGUCAGAUCACAAAACAAAUGGCUGCAUAUUUGCAUUAAAAGUAAUAAAAAUUAUAUUUAGCAUCAGA